GAACAAUCAAUAUAUUACCAAAAAUGAAUGGUGCACCUAUUAUGAUGGGCCAUUAGAUGUUAAAAGGGCCACUAAUAGCAGCAAAUAUCAUACCAGACAGUCCAAACAAGCAAGCAAUCUUAGGUUUUUUUACUGAUACUUGUUGGUUGUUGCCAAUCAAAUAGCCAAUUAAGCAGUAUCCCCAACAAUUGAAGAUUCUCCAUUCAAAGAUUCCAAAAUACCAAUUAUCUCAUUAAUCUGUCAUUACCAAAAUGCUUCAUCUUUCUUACCCAAUAACCAAACCCAAUUCAAUCUUACCUUCAAGGUUCAAUCUCUCACCUAAAAGACUCCCCAUUUCCCACAUUUCACCACCCGCCAAGAAUAUCAUUUCUCCAUCAAUCAAAAUACCCCUUCUUCUGACUCCAAGGUGCUCUCUACAAGAAAACAUUCCACUUUCCAGUACUACCUCUCAUUCUGAUGAAGCAAGCACCCCAAACAAGGCCCAACAACAAGAAGAUAGAAAGAACUACUGGGGUGCUGUUAGUUUGAUCAUUGGAACUGCAGUAGGGCCUGGAAUGCUUGGUUUGCCUGCUGCAACUUUAAGAUCAGGCUCAUUUCCAUCAACCAUUGCUAUUUUGCUUUGUUGGGUUUAUGUAAUCUCUUCUGUUUUUCUUGUUGCUGAGCUUAGUUUUGCUGCUAUGCAAGAAGAUGCGGUGGUAGAGGUGAGCUUUACUGGCCUUGCUACAAAAUCAUUAGGAAGUUAUUUUGGUGCUAUAGUGGCUGUGGUUUAUGCUAGCUUGAGUUUUUCUUUGCUAGUGGCUUGUGUUUCAGGCAUUGGCUCUUUAGUAUCUCAGUGGUUUCCAAGGAUGAAUCUUGUUCUAGCUAAUGCAUUGUUUCCAUUGGCCGCUGGAAUCACAGUCGUUUGCUUUCCGUUCAAGGUCAUUGAUAAUGCAAAUCGAUUAUUAUGCAUGCUCAUGCUCUUUUUCAUAACUGCACUUGUGGGCAUUGGUCUCUCUGUGGCUAGAACAAAUGUAUUGGGUUCUUUGGCUCGUUCUUCAUGGACUAUUUCAUCAAUCUUGCCUGCUAUACCUGUCACUGUACUCACAUUAGGGUUCCAUGUUAUCACCCCUUUUGUAUGUAAGAUUGCUGGGGACAAUAUUUCUGAUGCGAGAAAAGCAAUACUGAUUGGUGGGGCAGUUCCAUUGAUUAUGGUUUUAUCAUGGAAUUUGAUUGUUUUGGGUCUUGCUGGGGCUAACGGAACUGUCUCCUCCAAUGACCCUAUUGCCCUCUUGCUUUCUGUCAAUCCUUCUGCUUUAUCUGCUGUUCAGGGUUUUGCCUUUUCUGCUCUGGCGACUAGCUUGAUAGGAUAUACUGUUAGCUUCCCCAAACAGAUUCUUGAUGCCUUCGAUUUGGUAUUUAUGAAAAUUAAUUCAUUAGAAGAAACUAGCUCUCAGCAUCAAAUGUUUUCAUUUGUGGAUGGUAAAGGAAGAGUUGGUUUAGUAACUUUUUCUGGUGGCAAUGAUUAUGGAAAUGCAGGGAGGGCUUUCUUUGGUGGAUCAAAGUAUUCUGCUGCCUCAGAAGCUAGAAUACCAUCAAGCAUGGCCGAGUCUAAUUCAUUUCAUCAAACAUUUGUAACAGUGCUAAUACUUGGUGUUUCUGUUCUCAUAGGAUCCUUCUUUCGCUCUACAUUCUCAAGAGCCCUGGAUUUUGCAGGAGUCUAUGCAAACUGUUUCUUGUUUGGCAUACUUCCCCCUUUGAUGGCACAUGUACAACAGUCCAGGAAGAAGCUCAGGCCAUCCAUUCUGCCAGGAGGAGAUAUCGCACUAAUGCUGCUUUUUGGCAUAGCUGUUGUUUUGGCAAUUUUUCAUUAGAUAGCUAGCAGCAGAACAAAUGAAGAAUUCCUCUAUCAGAACUGGCAUCGACAAUUCUUCCCCACAAUCAACACCAUUUAACUUGCAUA